UUACCAUAGUAACAGAGUCAUUGCUCGUCGGUUCGCUCAGAAGGAGCUAAUAAGCUGUGGAUAAAGUGGGACAAAGUAGCCUGGUGCUCAGCUUUUAACCGCUGAGGGACAUCAUUUAGGCUACUUAAGGACCGUCGAGUUCGUCUGCAACAGGUUCUGGAGAAGUUAUGAUGUCGAAUGAUCUCGCUGGCGUGUGGGAGGUGGCGCUGAGUGAUGGGGUCCACAGAAUAGAGUUUGAGCACGGCACCACCACUGGAAAGAGGGUCAUCUACGUUGAUGGAAAGGAGAUACUGAGGCGAGACUGGAUGUUUAAACUAGUGGGGAAAGAGACAUUCACUGUGGGCAAAUCAGACAUGAAAGCAACCAUUAACAUAGAUGCAGUGAGUGGUUUUGCCUAUGAGUACACCUUGGAGAUCAACGGGAAAAGCUUGAAGCAGUACAUGGAGAACAGGUCAAAGGUUACCAGCACCUGGCUUCUCAACUUGGACGGCAUGGACUGCAGGGUGGUCCUGGAGAAAGACACCAUGGAUGUUUGGUGUAAUGGACAAAAGAUUGAAACUGCUGGGGAGUUUGUGGAUGACGGCACAGAAACACAUUUUACACUCGGUGACCACAAUUGCUGUGUGAAGGCUGUGAGCAGUGGCAAGAGAAGAGACGGGAUCAUUCAUACACUGCUCGUAGAUGGCACAGAAAUCACAGAAUGCACAGAGUGACUGUGGGUGGUUAGUGUUUGUGAAAUCAAAGAUCUGGUUUGUAUGUGUGACUCUAGGUAUCUGAAGUUAAAGGGAGCAAGGCUGUAGAGCAGAGGCACAUCACUCUUCAAAGUCAAGGAAUAGCUAUUUAAACAGGUUUGAUGGGUGUUUUAAACACAGCAGCCUGUAAGGUUUUAGAUGGAAGCAGCAGCUACCAAAAAGAGACUUAUUGUCAUCACUGAAGAACAUUCAUGACUAACAACUCUUAUUUAUAUGGUUGAAUCAGAAAGUAUUCAGACCUCCUUCAUUUUUGUCACUCUGUUGUUGCAGCUGGAUGCUACCGUGUUUUUUUUUUUUUUUUUUCACAUUCAUCUACACUCAGUACCCCAUAAGGGCAAGGUGAAAAGAGAAUUUUAGAAAUUUUUAACAAUUUAUUAAAAAGGAGGAAGUGAAAUAUUAAAUUGUCAUAUAUAUUCAGACCUUUUUCUCAAUACUUAGUUGAAGCACCCAUGGCUGCAAUUAAAGACUCAAACCUUUUGGAGUAUUGGGGGAUUUUCUGCCAUUCUUUUUAUAAAUCCUCUCAAGGUCAGUCAGGUUGGAUGGGGACUAUCAGUGGACAGUCAUUUUCAGGUCUCUCCCAUGAUGUUCCAUAGGGUUUAAUUUGGGCUCUGGCUGGGCCACUCCAGGAUUCACAGAGUUAUUCCUAACCCACUCCCGUGUUUUCUUGGCUGUGUGUUUAGGGUGAACUUUCUGCCCAGUCAGAGGUCCUGAAUGCUGUGGAACAAACAGAUUUUCUUGAGAAUCUCUCUGUACUUUGCUCUAUUCAGGUUUCCCUCAACCUCGACCAUUUCAAGUGUAGUUACACAUUGGCUGGAACACUUAUGCCAAUGUGACAUUUCAGUUUUUCUUUUUUAAAUAUAUUUGCAAAAAAUUAUAAAAUUCUUCAUUUUGUUAUUAUGGGAUACUGAGUGUACAUUAUUGUGGGGAAAAAAGGAUUUAAGGAUUGCAGUAUCAGGCUGCAACAGAAUAAAUGAAAAAAAAAAAGAAGGGGUCUGAAUACUUUUUGAAGUGCAUAUUGAUGAAAGUGCUGUCUAUCAAUUUCAGUUCAUUUGAGGCCAGAUGUGUCAUGUAUGUGUUGCUCAGCCUGGCUUACUUUGUCUUCAGUAAUUAGCAUAAGCAGCUGGUGAUGUUCUGUACCUAUUUUCAUUUUGUAUAGAACCUGUAUUUUUUAUAACUAGUAAUAAAGAACCAUGUCCAGCAGGCCUUAGACGCCCUACUCCUCUCCCUGUUCAUGUUCAUUUUGUUGUAUUUUUCAUAGGAGUGCUGUAGGGAUGGCAUACUCUUGUAGGACAACCCCUGCAUUGCCCCCUUUCCCUCAACCAAAAUGGCAAUGGAACCUUUCCAUUGGCUCUUCAUUUUUGAGCCAGAAGUGACCAUAUUUGGAGGAUGAGGUGGGGAAGAUUUAGGGCUGAAACUUGCCAAGCUAACAGUACUGCUAACUUUAUUGAGAAUAUGACCACGCUGGUCAAACUUAUGUGAAACGCCAUGAAGUAGUUUUGCUGCUUGGUAAAUGUUAAUAUAUGUCUUUGGUAACCGUAAUGUCAACUUGAUAUAAUGUAUAAACACACACAUUAGCAAUAUUAGAAAUAUGAGGAAAGAUUUGAUUACCCAGAGACCGAAAUAGUUUUCUAUACCAGCCUCUAUGUACUUUUAUUUCUACUCUAAUGUUGGGCAUUUUAUCAAGAGGGUCUUUGGGAUUUGACUCACUUUUAAACUGCAGGAUUUGGUACUUACCCAAUGGCUUUGUUUUUCAGCCCUGGACUAACGGGCGCUUACCUCUUCAAAAAAAUCAUUCUCUCUUGCCAUGGCCUGAUCUAGUUUGUACUAGCUAGUUUGCAAGAGUGCUAAACAUUGAUGCUGUAAAGAUGGACUAAAACUGACAAGAUGAGUUUUCAUUUUCAGUGUGGUAAUGGAUUAACCUCUGAUAUCCUUUUGAGUCUCAUUUAGCCAUGUUAGCAAUUGCCUUUUAAAAGAAAAGUAAGAGUUAGAAAAAGUAAUGAGUAAUUGUAUAUUACAUGUCAUAGAAGGAACCAUGAAGCAUGCAUUAACCUCAGACCUCAUGGGUCAUUUUCAAAUUGUGGCCAUUUCCUUUGACAUAAAGUUUAAAUUCUGUUAUUACUAAAGCCUACUGUGGUAUGACCAUGAUGAUACAGGGAAAUCUGACAAAGUGCUGUCAUUUCAGUGCUUUCUGAUAGACCACCAACUGAAAGGACAAUGGACAGUGAAAAUCUAGAGGACAUCAGGCCAUAUUUCAUUGUAAAGCAACAUAAUGGAGAACCUUGUUAGACAGCUGCUAAUGUUAGCAUCCAACACCUAUUAGCUAAUAUCUGAUAGUGUUAUGUUGUAUAACACAAAAGGGAGAGGUGUGAAUUUGUUUUGUACCAUUUUUUUCUGUCUUCAUCUUACGAAGACCUUGAAACAGCUGGCCAGGAUGUUUCUUGCCAUCAUAAUUACAUCCAGUGCGGUUUACAUUCAGGCUGAACAAGAGGUGCUGUGAUAUUUCAGAAUUAGUGUAACUUCCUAUUGCAUUAUGCAACACUAUCAAAGUGUAAUUCUAGCUAAAAUGUAGGUGAAAGCUAAUGUUAGCUGUUGUGCAACUCACUUAAGGCCAGAUUUAUUCAAGUUUUGCGCCAGUGCAAAACCUGCGGAGGGAGGUAUUUAAAUGUGACAUGCAAUGCAAUUUACUGAGGUUUGUGCCUGUCACAUAACUGCUGAUUAUUUUACACAGGAAAAAAAAUCUUGUCUUCACACAUUUGCACUUAGCAAGACUGACAGUUAUGCACAGAGGAGGCACUGAUGGGAGUAAAACAGGUAGAAGAGAUAAACUUGUCUCCACAGAGUAGAUUGACUACAAAACAGCCCACAUUUUCACCUGAGAUCAUCAUUAGGUGUGCAGUUCCUAUUGGAGUCCACUGACAUUAUUUUACCAACUUGCCAGAAGGUCCAAAAAGGCUAGCAGAGAUUUACUUUCAGUGUCUAUUGUCUUUCCAGUUGUUGAUCAGCUGGGAACUGGUUCAGUGAUGACAAUUGGUCUGAUUUCCUAUGUUUAUAAAACUCAAACGGCACUCAGACAUUAUCUUUUGUUACCAACAUUAGAACAUCCCACCAUGGCCACCCUCUAAAUGCAGUCCACUUCGCACCAAAAAACCAACUGACUUUCAAAGUCCAAAAUUCCAACUCAGUUCUAAAUCUGAGAUCAAUUUCUGCAGCUUUCAUUGUGUAUUAGAAUGACUAAAUACCAGGGUACAACAUUUUUCCUUGAAUGUAGCAUCAUCCCAGUGUUGAACCACUCAGGAGCAAUCUUGUCUUGCAAUCUAUGUCAAUGUGUAAAAUUGUCUUCUUUUGAUUGGUUCAGCCAGUUGAUAUUAUGUGAAUUUAGCUAGCUCACUGCAGACUGCUGUAGAUGUGUUACGACAUCCUGUUGUCUACAAUUCUGUAGAAGUGGCUGUAAUUUCACUUUGACAAUCAUUCAGAUGUUAAGUUGUUGCCAUUAAUAAAUAAUACAUUACUCUAGUGAAUUUCCUGAUGAUAUCUGAGUAUAAUCUACACACUCAUAUUUUAACUAAUUUAUUAGCAGUUCCAUCACUGAACUGUUUUUCUUUAAAUAUAUGAAUUCCAUUAUUUAUACAUCAUAAAAUGUUGAGGCACAUGUGGUUAUGCUUUACACAUUAAUAAGUAACAUUUGUGUGUGUUUGUAUUUUUUGUCUAUGUAGUGCUGGGAGCAAGUUUUGUUGCUGAUGACCAACUCAGUUUCUAAUGCCACCUUCAUGUGCUAUGGGAAUUAUGGUAAAUACUAGUUACAAAGUCAAAAAUUGCACAUGAAUGCCUCCUCACGUCCUAUUUUCCACUGGAGAACUGGGAAAAUAAAUUUGAUCCACGUGCUGCUGAGAUGAAAAUAACCUUCGAACUUUUCAAUAUGGCAGAGAGAAAUGAGGGAUUCAUCACAAAUCAUAAACAAUGCUUUAAUUAAUGUUCUGCUGCUGUUAGCUGAUGAUUUGGCACAUUUAUAGCAUAUACAAUUUGCAAAAAAAAAAAAAAAAAAAAAUGCUGUAGCAGAUGAAUUAACAUGUCCAACACUGUUUUGCCAAAGUAGCAGAUCACGACAAAUUGUGUCAGCCAUUUUUCAUUCCGCUACAACAAAAGCACUUGAACGUAACAGUGUUGUAAUUUCAAAUUCACUAGUGGAGAGAUUCAUUUUUCCGACAGCACAUGAAGGCAACUUACUUAAACAGUAGCUAGAUCAACACACUGAUAUUGCUGUAGAGGAGCAGAAAACAGAGAA